CUGAUUUGUUACUUAUUAUGGCUGUAGAAGAAGAAGACUGAGAGGAGCACCUACGUCUAGAGUGGAACGCAAUGGAGGCAAUGAGCGUUAACACCAAAAUAGUUAUAAUAGGAUUCGGUAUAGCCGGAAUAUCUGCAGCUCACAGACUCUUUAAAGCUGGAUUUCACAAUGUGCGGAUACUGGAGGCGACAGCGAGGAGCGGAGGAAGAAUCAAAACUGGAGCUUUAGGUGAUAGGAUAGUUGAAAUUGGGGCAAACUGGAUCCAUGGACCAUGCAAGGAGAACCCAGUGUUUUGUUUGGCCCAGCAGUACGGACUCCUGGACCCAGAGGCCCUCACCCCCGAAAACCAGGCCAUGGACGUCGGAGGACACCCCCCCUGGGUUCCCAACUUCUUCAGCAGUUCAGGUCGGAAGCUCAAUGCAGAGGACGUCUUUCCAGCUCUGGAGAUGUUUGCUGAGCUGCUGAAUGAAGGUUCAGAAUUUCCGAAUCAAGGAGGAGAACCCUUCUCCAAUAUGGGAGAAUUCAUCCGGUCAGAGGUGCAACAACGAUCAGAAGAGAAAUGGAAAGAUAUCGACGCAAACACCAGAUCUCUGCAACUGUGUACGAUCAGCAACAUGCUGAAGGUGGAGUGCAGCGUUAACGGGGCCCACAGUUUGGAUGAGGUGGGCCUGGGGGCCUAUGGCCUUUAUAAGACUCUUCCUGGACUGGACUGUACAUUCCCAGGCGGCUUCGAAGGUCUCGUCAAAAACUUGAUAUCGGAGCUUCCCGGUGGUUUGGUGACGUACAGUCGGCCUGUGCGGCGUGUCCACUGGAGCAACUCGGAGAGGAGAGAAAACCCUGUGGAAGUUGAGUGUGAUGAUGGGGAGAAGAUCACUGCGGACCAUGUUAUUGUCACAGUACCUCUAGGAUACCUGAAGAAGCACCAUUCAACUCUGUUUGAUCCUCCUCUGCCGCUGCACAAGCUGCACUCCGUCCAGAGACUGGGUUUCGGAACAAAUAAUAAAAUAUUUGUGGAGUUCGAUUCCCCGUGGUGGGACGCUGACUGUGAGGUCAUCCACCUUAUAUGGGAAGAUGAGGAUGCUGUUGUGGACACGGUGCUAGACAUUCAGGGAUCCUGGAUAAAGAAGCUGUUUGGCUUCACUGUGCUGAAACCCACUGAAAGGUAUGGACAUGUGCUGUGUGGCUGGAUAGCUGGACAUGAGUCAGAGCACAUGGAGACACUGACUGAACAAGAGGUCACACAUGCUGUCACACAACUCAUCCGUAGGUUUACAGGGAACCCGACCAUCAGCCCGAGGAGAGUCCUGCGCUCCCAGUGGUUCCAUGACCCCUGGACAUGCGGCUCCUACAGUUACCCUGGAAAAGGCUGUUCGGAGCAGGACCUGGAGAACAUGAGGGAGCCCCUACCUUGGAAGGGAUCCCAGUCAAAACCCCUGCAGGUGCUGUUCGCUGGAGAGGCUACUCAUCCCUGCUACUACUCCACCGUCCAUGGAGCUCUACUCACUGGGUGGAGAGAAGCUGAUCGGCUCAUCUCUCUCUACUCCAACGUCAGUGAGCCGCUCAAGUCCAAGCUUUAGAAGAAUAAUGCUGCAUUGACAAGAAGAGAUUUAACAGAUUUAUCUUUGACUUUGUCAAACACUGAUGUCAGAGUUGAUUGUGUGGAAGCUGCUGUGCAUAUAUGUUUGUCACGUUAAAAACUGGAAAGUCCCCAAGAAUGAGACAAAAUGAACUUUGAAAGUAUACACUUAGAAAUCUGAUUUGUAAUAAUGUUGUAAUAAUGCCGGGAUUUUCAAGGAGAGAGUUUGAUUUCAAGACUGAAUUUUAUAAAGUUUUCAAAUUAUGAAUUGAUUUUAACUUUGAGAUAUUCUCAAAGUUAAUAUCACUUAGAAGUGCAUCUUGUCAAUUAAUUGAUAAUUAACACAUUUCUUUAUCAUUUGCACUACUCUUGAUUCCUUUUGAAUUAUAAGGUGAAAUGUAAGUGGUUUUAGAAAAGUGUUGAAGAAUAUGAAGGAAUUAGUGUUUGAAUUAAUGUGUCAUUAAAAUGACAUGCUAAAGCGGUCAAGUGAAAAACUUACAGACACAAACAUCUAAAAAAUGCCAUGUAAUAAGGAGCAUGUGUAUGUGGAUUUCAUGAAGCAAAACCUACUGUGACUUGGAUUGACGGUGUAAGCAUCCAGCUGAGAGCAGCAACAUGGAUGCUGAGACACAGUUUGUGGCCUUAUAUUAUACAUGUAUUAUUACUAUACCAAGAGUAUUCCGCAAGAAAAACACUCAGGGUCAACUCAGAAGGUUUAGAUGAGAAGAAAUAAGUCUGAAGAUUCUAUAAUCCGAGAAGCUUGAUGACAGUGGAUUUUCUCUCUGUUCUGUUUUGAGUGUGAAUGUGGUCUGUGACUCAUUUUGUGAUUCUGAGGUUGAGCGCUGACUUUGUCUAUGAAAACAGGAAGUCAAUAAAAGAAAAUAAAUGUU